UAACGUGAUCGAUUGGCGUUUUAUUUUUAUUGAAGAUUGUUUUAUAAUAUUUGUUAUUGGAGAGUACGAGGGAGAUAAGAAAAGACAACGUCAAGCAUUAUUUGGUUUCGCUUUCGUUGCACAAACACUUGAUGCGGUUAAAGUUGCGGGUAAAAGUUAAUCAAAUUUAAUUCUGAUAAGAGUGAAAUGGAGAAAGCUGUCAACAAAGUUUGUCAAAUCGAAUCAGUUUUAUUUUUUGAUCGUCGUUGCAGGGAUCAAUAAAAUGCUAGUCAAAGACACGUUCUUGGUCUUUACAAUAUGCGCAUUUUCCACGCUGCAAGCCGCGCCUGUGCAUCCCACGUUAGAAUGCACGUCUGGCCUUCGUGUCCAUCUCACAGUCAGCUCCAUCGCCAACAGAUCGACCUUAAACCAACUCGAGCUCAACUGGAUGGGAGCAAGCCCUGCUAGUGGAGACUGGAUCGGUAUCUUUAAUUCUGACCCGACUGUGUCUGGCACGGCCAAUCCUCUGGAGAGGCUUGAUUUGAGCCCGACCGAUGCUGGCAAAGGCUUUUAUGUGACCAACACUAAGGUGGACAGUUACGUGAAUUCUGGCUCUGAAUUUGGAUUCGUUUCAAAAUGCCUAGCCUACCACAUUGGAUACGUGUCAAGCGGCGGCCAGGUCUUGGCGAGCAGUUGCCUCCGCCUUGAGCCAACCUGGAUGGCCGAUAUGGUUGGCCUAGGAGACCAAAUCAUAAAGGACAUUUUCAUUCCCGGCACACACGACUCAGGCGCUUACAGCAAAUACGAUCCCGUUCUGGGCGAAUCGAUUGUCUUGAAAUAUGCGUUGACCCAGGAUGAAGACCUGCUCGCGCAACUCAUCAGGGGAGUGAGAUAUCUCGAUAUCAGGCCUGCCUACUAUGGAAAGUUUUCGGACAGAUUUUCUCAGUCAGUUUUAUGCCAUUUUCCUCGCUGCAGACCUCAAAGGGCUGAAAACCAAACAGGAUUUUGGAUAAACCACGGCAUUGUCCAAGUCCACCGCCUGGAAGUUGUUGUAGCCCAAGUUCGGCAGUUCUUGGCAAACACCGAAAAAGAAAUAGUCAUUUUCGACGUCAGGGAAUUCCCCUACGGUUUCAACAGCGAUGCUAUUCACGAAAAGCUGAUUGCAUAUCUGCAGCAGGAGUUCUCGCAGUAUAUCAUCCCUCGCGGGCCAGAAGGAUGGAGCUCGAGAAUAAGCGAUUUGAGGGCUUCCGGUGGCGGAAAGCUCAUUAUUUCUUAUGAUAAUUCCAAUAUGUACAACAAGUACGAUUGGCUUUGGAAUCGAGUUGAGCACAAAUGGGGCAACGUCAGAACACUUGUAGACCUUUACAGUUAUUUGAGUGAGAUUUCAACACCUACAAAUAACGCGUGGUCUGCGAUGACAGAAUUGACGCCAGGAACAUGGGAUGUUAUCACUGAUAAAUUCGGCGGAUUAAGAAAAAUGGCAGAUUCAGUCAACAGGAACGUAACGUCGUGGUACCAGGGCUCGUGGGGCCGAACUGCGAACGUGGUCGCGGUUGAUUUCUACCGUGGGUCGGAUAUUGUAAGGACUGCAAUCGAGUGGAACAAGCAGAAGAUCAGCUCUGGCAAUAUUAAAUGCGCAAACAAGUGAGAGAGAAGCCAGCACCGCCUGAGAAGACUGUUUCAAUUUUUCCAGUUCAAAUUCUUUUAAAACCAGGGUCACACUGAACCAGCACCGAUUAGUUUAAUCUUAAACAGUUAAUUUUUUCUGCCUCCGUACACACCUCCUGCUGGCCGUUGCUGUCCAUGCAGAAGCUGCAUGAGAUGGGCUUGUGCGGCGUCUCGGCGCUCGACAUGCUUUCGAGCCCCGUGGCGCUGUUCCCGUUGUACAUGCCGCCAGUGUCCAAAUCGUUGCUGUUCAAGGACGAGGCAUCGCUCUCCGACAAAUUUAAAAUGUAAAAUUCAAUUUCAAUAAAAAAGGUGAUUUUAAUACAAACAAACAGCCUAGUUUUA